AAAAAAUACGAGCAAAAUGCGCUUCCUUUCCACCCUCGCCAGCCUGCUCCUCAUUGGAGUCACCACCACGGUGGCCCAAGACCAAUGCUCGACUUCCGUUAGCUCUAGCGACAACACUAUCGUGCAGUUCGCCUGGUACCUCCAGGUCUUUAUCGAGCGCUUCUAUUCCUCCGUUCAAAUCGACCAGAGCUUCAUCUCCAGCCUCCCCGGUGGCUCUCCUUCCAGCUACUCCAACCUCCAAGGCUUGCAGCAGCAGAACCGCCUGGGCCUUUCCGCCGUCCAACAGGUCGGCUCCAAGGUGCCCGGCUUCGAGACCCCAGGCUGUGAAUUCACUUUCCCCCGCGUUUCCAGCGGCAUUUCAUACAUCCAGAACGCCGCAAAGCUUGAAGCCGACGUCUCGGGUGCCUUUAUCGGCCUGGCGGCCUACACCCAGAAGCCCGAGUUGGCCUUCCUCUUCGCCCGUCUCGCGAGUGAGCACAGCGCCCAUGCUGCGUGGCUGGGCGGCUACACGGGCUCCAACUCCACCGUUUUCCCGGGCAACAGCACCUCCUUGGUCCCCGCGUACACCCCCGACCACGUCCUCAAGUCUGGUAACCGCCCUGGCCAGCUGGGCCAGUACAUCCACGCGUGUGCGCGUGCUCCUUCUGGUCCCGGUGGCCAGGCUGUCGUUAUUGGUAACUUGGGUGCGACGCUGGUUGCGCCGUCUGCUAGUAGCUCUCUCGUUGCUGCUACUUCGAGCGCGAAGCCCAGCGGUCCUUUCGCUAGCGGUAAAAGACCAGCCAUCAAGUCAGUCCAUCAAUUUUGGUAA